AUGGAGAGGGGCAACGGAGCGGAGCAUUGCGGCGCGGGCACGGCGCUGACCCCGGCACGAAUCCGGCUCUGCUCCUCGGAGCCUCCCGGCGCAUCCCCCUCCUCCCACAACUUCGCUCUGGCCACAGCUGUCCCGACCCCGCGCCGGAUCGCGGCCCCCGCACCGCCCGCCCUACCUGCCCAGCCGCCCGCCUCCGCCGCCGUUUGCAGCAUCCUCCCGCCGGCUGCUCGCUCCCGGCUGGGCGAGCGCGCUCCCGGAGGAGGAGGAGGAAGAGAGGAGGAGAAGGAGGAGGGGGGGAUGAAGGCAGCGCGCGCGCCGCCGCGGUCCCGUCCCCCCGCUCCCCCCAGCGGACAUCGCACGGAGGAUCUCAAAGCACUUCACGAACUGCUAAUUAAGCUCUGCAGCCCGGGCCACCCUCAGCCCCAGGAGGUGCGACCCAUGGGCGCAGAAGCAGAGCCCUCAGCAGCAGUUUCUGGGCCUCAGACAUCAGGCUGCGUGCUGGUGGCCCAGCAGCACUCGGCUUUGCUUGGUCAGCCCCAGGUCCCCUUCCUGGUCACCACCUGCAUAGCCACCCCCUCCAAGGAGCACACAGGGCCGUAG